UCGUGAUUACUCGCGACGCCCAUCUCCCGCACAACGUCACCGUCAGAGACGCAGCCGAACCACCGUUUACAGCCUCGGUAAAUCUGCCAAAAUGUCCGCUUUGUACAACCUCCUCUUCCGCAACAACACCGCCUUUGUCGGCGCUGUCUUCGCUGGUGCCUUCGCUUUCGAGUUGGCCUAUGACAACGGUAUGGACAAGGUCUGGGACAAGAUCAACAAGGGGCGCCAAUGGAAGGACAUCCGCCACAAGUACGUCGAGGCUGAGGAGUAAACAUGACGACUUGGGAGCAACUUUUCAAGACAUGGAAACGCCGACUCGAUAAGGAUCAAACGACAGCCUCUGGGAGAAAGUGGGACGUGGUCGACGGCCAUUGAUUGCUAGAGGAAUGGACGACUUUUCCUGACGCUUCUGCCUACCAAGCCCCUAUUUCUACCGUACUGUACAAAAUCAAUAUUCACCAUGGCGAAAGACACAUAGACGAAUGACCAUAGCCCGACUACAAGGCUGAAGAGUAAGAGCAUUGAGCAAUCAUCUCUGCCAGCUUUUGGAUCUGAGGAACCUCAACA